UGUCAUCUGUCUUGUCAAAUGGGUUAGUCGUGUACUAUUUUGAAAAGGAUACCGUAACGUAAAGUUUUGUAUUAAUUUACAUUAUUAGCAUUAGCUCGGAAAAUUGAAAUACAAACCUUACUGUCCUACUUGAUGAUCACCGUCUUCUCACAGCACUGACGAUGUAUAACCAGGUCACAUAUUUGUCGCGUUAAGUUUCAUGCCACAGUGAAUAACUCGAACAUUACAAUGGAGAGCGACAAGAAAGUUGAGGACAUGGAUAUUCCGACUGCGGAGGGGAAUCUCUUGGAGCAACCGGUGGAGGCGCGGGUGGCGGCGCGUAAUCCGCUAAUGAAAGUGCACACUUAUGUGGUGGCGCUGCGGCCGUGGUCGCUGAGUGCAAGCUUACUGCCUACACUGUUAGGGGCUGCUCUGGCAUGGCGUCUGCCCGGCGAGCAACCCUUUAGUUGGCCCGCGCUGCUGCUUACCCUCUGCACAGUGCUCCCAGUGCAUGGCGCAGGCAAUGUCGUCAACACAUACUUCGACUUUGUUAAAGGAAUCGACAAUCGCAAGUCAGAUGACCGAACGCUCGUCGACCACCUCCUAAGCAUUGAUGAGGUUGUCUCCCUUGGUGCUAUACUGUACCUGGCUGGCUGUGCCUGCUUUGUUCCCCUGUGGCUUCGGUGCGGUGCUCUCUAUGGUUCUUACUGCCCAUGCUGACAUUGCCCAGAGCAUUUAAAAUAGAAAGGAUGUUCCGACACCCAGACACAAUGAGAUAUGUGCC